UGUAUAUCUGACACAUACAUGCCCGAAGUUCGCGUGGACUGAAUGUAGCAAACUUUAAUCAUAAUAAAACCAGGGUGUGUGCUGCAUGUCUCAAUUUUAUUACGUGCAUUAUUGCCGAAGCGUUUUGAUUCAUGAAUGUACACUUGUACGUUUGAUUUACAUGUUUACAUGUUGGAUUUUUCCUUGGUAUAACAUUAAAUAAGGCGAUACAAAGGGAUUUAAGAACACGGACAAAUAAAGGAAUGAUCCCAGCACAUGUUAUAGAUAUACCUGACGAAACAAUCUUCAAAAUGGUGUAAUAUUAAGAAGCAUCUUUGAAUAAAAAUAAAUUUCGAGGUCAUAGAAUUCCUACAGAAUAGGGCAAAAAGAAAUCCAAAAUUAGCAGAUACUGAUUGAAGUAACAAAAAUGACGAUAUCCGUAUAUACCUGGUGUGCAGUUCCAUUCACAAUUGUUGUGCCAAUUAGUGUACUAUUGUUGAGCGCGGUAGAGUGUACUCAUCAAAGAUGGUGGCUAUAUGGCUGCCAGUGUUCGAACUGGGAAUCCAGGGAAUCUGUCAGAGAGGUCGUUAUGAACUCAUACAGAGGCCUUUUCGUUGGAAGAGAUGACCUCAAUAAUUUACCUGUGGUUAAAUUACACAAGAAUCCGGGAGAAGCUGGUAUACAGUCUUAUGUUGCAAACACUCUACCACAUAUUAAUCAGUAUAUGAAUCCAGGUUGUUGUUCUACGGAUUACAGAUAUGAAAUAUUUAAUACAACGACAGUAAAUGCUCAAAAAUUCAAAGUGGUUCAUUUUAACAAAGCCUUCCAGUUUGUUCCGACUGGACGAUGUCGAGUGAAUAGUACCUGCAGUGGUGGAGAAUGUUUACAGAUGUACAGACAUCACUGGAUGUUAGUAUGGGACGAGAGACUGAGUACAUGGCCUCCAGUGACAUUUCUACCCGUAGAAGUACCCUCACAUUGUCAGUGUGUUAAUGUAGGAAGGGCUGUCAAAAGACGAAAAAGGAGAGGAGCGUGCGAAACAAAUAUUUACAUCGAAAUGAAAGAACAUCAGGAAGAUAUACCAACAGGAUGACAUACUUUAAAUCCAAAACACAAGCCAACAAUUUUAAGUUAUAAAUGUCAUUUUAUGAAGUUAUUAAGCAGCAAACUGCUGUCCAGAAAACAAGAUUUUUUCUGGAAAUCAUUUACAGGUAACAGUUUUUCAAGGAAACAGACCGGUAGUAAAUAUAAACAAGCACGAAUACAGCCUACUCAUGGAAAACAGAGGGUAGUAUUUCUCCCUCUGUUUCGAUUAAACUAACUUUGUAAUUGAUAAAUUUACCAACAGUCAUAUCCUUAAUUUGUAUUAGAUUGAACACUUCCGUUCAACAUUUAAUUUUUGUAAAUAUUUUUUGCUUGUUUUUUUUUUCCUGAUAAUGAUAGUUUCUGUAAAAGGAAACAGUAACUUCUUUAUCGUUAACAUGUGUUGGCACGCAAUAUACUUGUUUGUCUUCUUUUGAUAAACUCGGAUAGAUGUAAGAGCUUAAUUGAUGGUCUUUGCAUUUCUGUUCCUAUUAAAUCAACACAUCUAGUGAUUUUGAAUACAUUUGUUUGUUUGUUCAGCAGAAAAUUAGAUUUUAUUCUAAUAUAUUUAUUCUAUAUAUCUAAUUUAUUCUUUAUACCUCGACAAGGUAUGAGUGAAAAACGGACAUAAAGAUUAAGUAUGAAAUUGUUUUUGUUCAGUUUGAUUAAAGCAAUUGAUGAAGUUUGUUUCCGCACCGUUCACAUUCUUUUGUAAAAUAUAGUCCUUUCAAAGUUAAUAGUACUUUGUUGCCUAUGCUUGUAACUUUUGUCACAUGAAUUUUCACAAUGUAUCCGUAAAAAGUACAAAAUACUGUUUUAAGACAGUAGAAUUCCUGCAACUAUGAAUGGUAUAUCUGUUAGCUGUGUUCCUCUCAUCUGUAUAUCUCAGUAUAAGAUAUAUAAUCAUGUUGCUUCUUCAUCACUGUGAACGAGAAGUAUAUAUAUCUUAUAUGUGUGUGCAGUCACACGGUAGUUAGUCUGAACAUUAUAACUAAUUAUCAAUAGAUAUCAAUGAACUAAAUUGUGCUAUUGUUUUUAAAAGACUUGGUAAUAACUGGACUUUUUAAAUAUUUUAUUGCAGUUACUGUAUAAUGUUGUAGUAUAAAAGAAUAUCUGUCAAAUCUUGCACAUUAAUUCCAUUUUAUAUUGAGGAUAAGGCCAGUAACUGGAUUUUUUUAGAAUAACAAAUCCAUCAUAUUUGAUUACAAUAGUAUAAUUGAAUAUCUGUCAAACCUUGCUCCUUUAAUUUGAUAAUGCAUGUGAGCAUCUUCAAAUGUCCAGUAUUUUUUCAUUACGAAUUGUCCUUUUUCCUUGACGAUAUCUCAAUACUAAAUGCUCGUCAUACGUUAAAUAGUAUGCAUUUCGAGUUUUAUUAUGUCUAUACAUUUGCUUAUGUAAAACAUCGAUCGUGUACAAACAUAUAGAGCACACUUUAUUGUUGAACAUUUUGUACUUUAUUUGUAUGCGCAAUUUUUAUUUUCUUACACAAAUUUUGUGUAAAUACGAAAAUAUCUCUAUACUGUGUUUACACUAUCUGUUAUUUAUUUAAGGUUUAGGAGUAUAUCACCAAAACACAGAAAUAUUUUAUAAACGAAUAACAUCGUUACCAAUAUUUUAAUUAACCAUUACAUGUUCUACC